AUGGCGGAGGCUGUCGCGUCCGCGGGCAGGCUUGCCAUGGAGCCCUCGACCUCCGUCACGCCCGGCCAGGUUUCUGCUAUUCUAGGCUUUCUAUGGGUUUUCGCAGCAUGGGUGUAUGCUGAGGUUCUCUUCCAUAGGAAGAAUACUUGUUCUAUUAAAACUAGACAUUCAGAUGUCAAUCUAGCAGUAAUGGAUAACAUUUCAGUCAAAGCAGAAGACCAGACAAUGUUGUUGGAGGAGGGCGGCCAAGAAGUGGUUGCAAAGCCAGCUUAUACUUCCUUCACAUCACAAAUGCUCAGACUUAUCUUCAUGGACCAGAUGCUUCUUCUGGAGAAUCGAUUAACACUGAGGGCAAUAUCUGAGUUUGGAGGGUAUCUACUUUAUUUUUACAUAUGUGAUCGUACAAACUUGCUUGGAGAGUCUGCCAAGAAUUACAGCCGGGAUCUGUUCCUUUUCCUCUACUUUCUUCUUAUCAUCGUAGCAGCUAUGACUUCCUUUAAGGUCCAUCAGGACAAGUCAGCAUUCACAGGAAAAUCUAUACUGUACUUGAAUCGGCAUCAAACCGAAGAAUGGAAGGGUUGGAUGCAGGUGCUAUUCUUGAUGUACCAUUACUUCAAUGCUAAAGAAAUCUACAAUGCAAUCCGUGUGUUCAUUGCUGCAUAUGUCUGGAUGACUGGAUUUGGCAAUUUCUCUUAUUAUUAUGUGAGGAAGGAUUUCAGUAUUGGAAGAUUUGCUCAGAUGAUGUGGCGCCUCAAUUUCUUUGUUAUAUUCUGCUGCAUUGUCCUGAACAAUGACUAUACACUCUAUUAUAUUUGUCCUAUGCACACCCUUUUCACCCUCAUGGUUUAUGGUGCUCUUGGAAUUCUAAACAAAUAUAAUGAGAUUAGAUCUGUGAUGGCAAUGAAAUUUGUUGCUUGCUUCUUGGUAGUUGUCCUGGUUUGGGAAGUUCCAGGUGUCUUUGACAUAGUAUGGAGCCCAUUAACAUUUCUUCUAGGCUAUACCGAUCCUUCUAAACCAGAUCUACCCCGUUUGCAUGAAUGGCAAUUCCGAUCUGGACUGGAUCGCUACAUUUGGAUUAUUGGGAUGAUAUAUGCAUAUUACCAUCCAACUGUUGAGAAGUGGAUGGAGAAGCUGGAAGAAACUGAAAUGAGAACCAAACUCUAUAUUAAGGCCUCAAUGGUUACAGUGUCAUUGACGGCUGGUUAUUUGUGGUAUGAAUACAUUUAUAAGCUGGAUAAGAUUACUUACAACAAGCUGCAUCCAUAUACAUCCUGGAUCCCCAUAACUGUCUACAUAUGCCUACGCAACUUCACUCAAGAAUUCAGGAGCUUCUCCCUCACACUAUUUGCCUGGCUUGGAAAGAUUACACUAGAGACAUACAUAUCUCAGUUCCAUAUCUGGCUCAGAUCAAGUGUGCCCAAUGGCCAACCAAAAUGGCUACUGUCAAUAAUCCCAAAUUAUCCACUGCUCAAUUUCAUGCUCACUACUGCUGUAUAUGUUGCGGUUUCCCAUAGGCUCUUCGAAUUGACUAAUACCUUGAAGAUGGUAUUUGUACCAAAUCGUGACAACAAGCGCCUCUCAUACAAUUUUGUGGCAGGAACUGCCAUUUCGGCUGCACUGUACUUUGUAUCAUUUGUUCUAAUUGGCAUUACAGGAUACUAG